AUGCAUUUCACGCCCUUAUUGAUUCCGCUGGCCGCGGCUACUGGGGCCAUCCAAGUUCGUCAUGUCGAGCCAUGCGCACAAAUCACCAAUCUGGUCUCGGACGUCAGUCACAGCCAAAUCGGCGCUAAGAUUCCCCACGAUUUGGUGCAUCAAUGUUUGAUGUCGAUGCCCUUCGACUCUGGGCGUGCGGUGACUUUCCUCACUCAAGUUCGUAGGAUUCUUGAGUUCCAGUCAACUAUUGAUAUUUUGAAACAGCCUCCUUCGGGCUACCAAAUGCCACCUACGGACCUGCUUCGAGGAAUUGAAACGAUUCAGGACAAAGUGAACAGCAAUGGCUACUCCAGUCAAUUCGAAAUGGACCUGGAGGUGUCACAUCUCAUCAAGUCGGCAUAUGAUGGACAUCUGAGCUUUCAACUAUGCUCGCAGUCCAUCUUCCGUUAUGGAGUUGACAUGCCGCUUGUGUCUAUCUCGACAGAUGGACUUUCGCCACCACAAGUUUACACACUGAGCGAUGCGCAGCUCCAGCAAAAGGGUGCCGAUAACGUGUCACCCCUUGAAACUAUCAAUGGCACUGUUGUGGCCGAAUACCUCGAAUCAUACGCCUCUCUCCAAAGUCUACAAGACCGCGAUGCGCAGUAUAACCGAAUUUUCCCAUCAUUGGCCCGUAGCGUCACUAAUUCCCCGACCAACGCAAACGGCAUCUGGUAUACCACAAGUGACUGGAUUGACGGCUCGGAAUUGAACCUCAGGUACAAAAAUGGGACAAUGCAGACGGUGGAAAGAACAGCUACACCAUCAGAGAGAUACUUCUCCUACCAAAAUGGCACCGAGUUAUACACCGUCAACUGCCUUCCCCGGAGCUUGCCCACUGCCUCCAGCUCCUCCUCAGGUGCCGAGCAAGCUUCCGAGAUCACUGGGCUCCCAGACACGGAAUGGCGCAACUCAGAUAACUCGAUUGCGGGAUAUUUUUCCAAUCUCACCGGCCUCGAAAAUACAGGGAUCAUGUUCCUCCCUACCUUCUCAUCUAGCCCCAAACAGACCGCGCAAAUCGCCACUGAUUUCUUGCAAAAUGCCACCGCGGCGGGUAAGAAGAAUAUUCUGAUCGACCUUGCCUCAAAUCCGGGUGGAUACAUGUCUAUUGGCAUCGACAUGUCCCGAAUCUUCUUCCCGGAUGCUUUUCCCUAUACAGCGACGCGGUACCGCGCCCACGAUGCUGCGAAAUAUCUCACUCAGGCAUACUCUCGAGACACCAAAUUGGACUCAAACAACGUCUUCGCUUACAGACAGAUGGUUCAGCCAGAUCAGACGGCCGGCUUCAGCUCCUGGCAAGAUCUUUAUGGUCCGCACGAAGUACUGAAUAGCCCCUCAUCCAGCUUGCUCGCUAACUUCAAUUACACCGCGACAUCAACCAACGUCUAUCCCAUCAAUGGGUACGGGCCUGCGCCGUUGAAUCCUAGUCGCACUCUGUUCCCAGCGGAGAACAUCACCAUCAUCACUGAUGGCGACUGCGUCUCAACCUGUGCCUUCUUCGUCAAACUCAUGAAGCGCCAAGGUGUUCGCACCAUUACCUUCGGUGGUCGUCCAAGCCAAGCACCGAUGCAAGGUGUCGGCGGCGUCAAGGGCGGCCAGUCUCUGGGCAUCAAUUAUAUUAAUGGCUACAUCACUCAAGCGAACCAGUUGAUUCAACAGUCAGCCAAUAGCUCAACGCCUCUACUAACAUCUGCCGAGUGGAAGGAGUUCAACGAGUCCAGCCCCAGUCUGGCACCGUCAUUUGCAUGGAGUGGCAGCGUCAAUUUACGCAAUGAAUACGAUCCCGAUGAUGAUCAGACCCCGUUGCAGUUCAUCUACGAGGCUGCAGAGUGUCGCCUGUUUUAUACUCUAGAUAACUAUUUACAGCGCGAGACUGUUUGGCAGGCAGCUGCGAAGUCCAUGUUUGGCAAUGGAGGUUGUGUGAAGGGUUCAACAGGUGGGGAGGGAAGUUUGAAUUCGUGA